AUGUACAAGUUGGAGCUGAAUCUUGAGGAACCAGAUCGAGUGUACUUCUCCGGCGACGAUUUGAAGGGGGAAGUCACGAUAAACCUUAAGGCUAAACUUCCAGUUCAGGCCAUUACAGUCAAGUUUAUUGGUGAAGCAUGCGUCAGUGUACCUGAGGAUGUCGUGGAAGAGAAGGUGAAGCAGAAGCGAAGGACGAUCACUAAUAAAAUCUGCCCAGAGGCCAAUAAGUCUGAUAGAGUCGCAUGUUGGGAGCAGCCGACAAGCCCAUCUAAGAAGGGAUCAAAGCUGAGGAGUUCUUUCUCGUCGCAGGAGAGAUACUUCUGCCACAAAGAGUUUUUGUAUGGGCAUAAAUAUAGUAGCUACCGAGAGCAACUGUGGGAGGGAAAACACGUGUUCCCGUUCAGUUUCACCCUUCCUGCGCAAUUACCUCCUUCCUUCGCAGGACGCUACGGCUACGUGAGGUACUAUUGCGAAGCGGCGCUUUUGCGAUGGAGGUUGCGCGACAGCAGAAGAGCCUACUUCAGCGUCACCAACCUAGCGGACCUCAACCAAGAACCCAAAGCCGAAGCGGGAUGCGAGGAACACAAGACGACCAACUCUUGCCUGUUCUGCUGCCCCAAGGGCACGAUCGUGGCCAGCGCAGAGCUGAGAAGGAGAGGGUUUGCUCCAGGUGAGAUCGCCCCGAUCUGCGUCGAGGUCCACAACAUGAGCAACACCAUCAUCACCAGUCUAAGGGCUGUUGUGGUCCAGGUAGUGGGUUACAUCUCUGGACAAGGUCUUCGACGACACGAAGACACCCGGAGAGUCCUCGAGGUGACCAGAGGAGAAGUCAGACCUGGAGUGUCGUUCACGUGGGGUUCCGCAGGAGUACGCCUUCCACCUCUUCCUCCAACUACAUUCACAAUGGACUCCUGCAAGAUCAUGACUAUCUCUUAUAGGAUAGAUGUGAUGAUGUACCUGGCUGGAGGAAAGGAACCAUUGAUACUCCAGCUUCCUAUCAUCAUCGGAAACGUUCCUUUGAAGAGACACUUUCCAUUGUUGGCUCCAGAGCUCAACGUUAUGGAACCUUCGGUGCCACUACCCAAAGUUGUCACCUUCAGAUACGAUAGGUUUCCUGGAGUUGCUUCGUCAGAGAGCGUGAAUCCACAACAAUCUGAGUGCGUGUACAAGCUGCCUGCGUUCAAGCCUCGCUAUCUCUAUUACACGCCUAAGGGACUGUUAUAAUACUCGUGUAAUUUUUUUACCUAAGUAACAGUUAUAAAUAACCUCUUAACCGAGAAACUGUUAUAAUAUAACGGGGUUCUAUUCUUAUAACUUGUUACCUGAGGAAUUGUUAUAACUAGUUGUUAAAGAAAUUGUUUCUUAUGGAACUGUUAUAAUAUAACUACCUUCUCAAUGGAAGGUUAUUACAUAACUUGUUAUUCAAAGAACUGUUAUAUAUAUAAACAGGUAUCUUCCAACGGUACCACAACUCAAGUGCCAAUGUUUAGCUUUUUAUAAAUCGCUUUGAUAAAGCACCGAGCAUGAUAAAAUCACAUGAAUAGCUUCUGACGUUCCCUAAGUAACAGUUACAAAUAACCUGUUAUGGACUCAUGGGAUGGGCGUCGAAGUGGUCAAUUAUAUACGAUUAAGCUUAAAGCAUGUGUUUGUUUUGUGAUAUAUAAUGUGUGCCUUUAAUGUGCCUAUGUACUCCAUAUCGGUGUCUAUUCUAACUUCCUCUUUUUAUUGAAAACAUGUAAUUUUG